AUGCCGAGUUUCCGCUCCGUCGUCACCUCCGUGGUGGUCUUCGCCUCUCUAUAUGCCGAAACUCAAGCGCACCCAGGGGAGCACCACGAUGCAGAGAAGAUCAAGCGAGACCUGAGAAACAGCGAGCUCGCAGCCAGAAAUGCCAACCAGAUCCUAGCACAAUGUCAAGGUACCGCUCAAGGCAAGGCGUUGAAAGAACGCGCCAUCAUGCGCCGGGCUAUCAAAGCCCAAGAGUUGCGAGAGAAGCGCGGACUGGAAGAGAGCCGCAUGCUAUCCAAGCGAGACCAAGAAGACCUAGACGCCUGGAUGCGCACCUGCCACGACAUGAGUGACCGCGAAAGCUACGACCUGUCGACCCCGAUGGAUACCAUCUUCGGAUCGAAUGCCACGGCCGGUCUCGCGCCCGAGACUAUCAUUGGACCCUACUGGGUGGAGGGCGAAUUCAUCCGCACCAAUGUCACCGAAGGCCAACAAGGUAUCCCGAUCCACGUCGACCUACAGUUCGUCGACAUAAGCAGCUGUGCCGCGGUCCCGAGUAUGCUUGUUGAUCUCUGGCAUGCAAACGCCACUGGCACGUACUCCGGGGUCGUCGACGGAGGCGGACUGAACAGCACUUUUAUGCGUGGUAUACAAAUCACGGACACCGACGGGGUGGUUCAGUUCGACUCCGUCUUCCCGGGCCACUACAUGGGCCGAACGAACCAUAUCCACGUCAUCAGCAACCGCGGUGGGACGCUCUUCGACAACGGCACGUACACCGGCGGUACGGUUAACCACAUUGGCCAGCUGUACUUCGAUCAAGAACUCAUCGAUGUCAUCGAAUCGAUGCCGCCUUACUACAACAACCCGAUCAGGCAGAUGGUCAACGUGCAGGACUUCCUGGUCGCUCAGGAGGCGAGCCGCGAGCACGAUCCUUUUGUGGAUUACGUACUGCUGAGCGAGGAUCCGGCGGAUGGUGUCUUGAUGUGGAUUACUAUCGGCAUCGACGCUGCCGCCGACCACAAUGGAAAUGUGACCGCGGCUGCUCAUUACUACAAGGAAGGCGGCGUGAGUAACGGGCGACCGCCCGGGAACUUCUCUAUGCCGCCAUUUCCUACUGGUACUCGACCGCCGGGGUUUCCGCCAGGGCCUCCGUCGCCAACUUCGACGAGCCGGUUUUGGGGUCCUUGUAUGAAGAGGCCACCGACUGGAAGUGGCUAG